AUGUCACGCUACAACUUGACCGAUAUGAAUGAGAACAAUCAACGCGACGACCCAACGGAGAACUAUAUACCCAUUGAAGACCGCGAAGAUAAUGCGAAGCCCAACACCGUAAAAGCAGAAGAUGCAAGUUCCACAGUAACGACCGCUUCUAACGAAUCCAACGCACAGAGUGGCAAUAACGUUAAAGGUGGAACUCAGCGGUUUACCCGCUACAUCACCGGGAAGAUCCACAGAACGACAAAAAGGACCACAACCCAAAAUACCGGUCGUCAUGUCACCCGCACCACCCACACGAUUCACACCACCCAUACUACCCAUUCCGGAAAGCCUCCGUCUGUGAGAGUGGAGAGGCAACGGCGUUUCGGAGAAUUGGCUGACGGGUGUGGGGAGUCGCAGGAUUACAGUAGCUCGGACGACAGUGACCAGACGGAUAUGAGCAGCGUGAGCGGCUAUGGCGGAAGUUGUCAUCUCAGAUGUGACUGCAACCAUAUGUGUGACGACUCUCUGGGAAGAUGCCACCACCAAGACUCUUGUGAAUCAAGCGACGCCAUGGAGGAUAUAGAGCCGAGGGUAAUUGCUGCCAAGCUUAAACUUCAUUCUGGGGAAAGGCCGUUGACGAGCAAGUGUGGCACACUGUAUGCUAACAAAUUACCUUCCAUCAAAGAGUGGUGUGACGGGGAAGCCCUCGAGUCGUACGACUCCGCACUGGAUGGACGCUCCCAACUAACGAGCUCAUUCGACGAUUCACUGGAGAGAAGUCGUACAACUCUCAAAUCCAUUACAACCGCAUACGGCGUAAAACGACGCAUCGAAGAGGUUCUAUCAUUCCACCGGACACGAUACAUCUACGUAUCUGAGCACAGGCCACUGUGGAAACAGGUGCUGCCGUUGGGGGCCUACAAAAUAGGGGACGACGAUACUGCCGCCGUAAUGGAACGCUUGCAGCAGUGCUUCGAGUCGAAAACGCCGAUUAUAUUGGACAAUGCGCACCGCAUUGCGUCCCUUGAGGCGCGGCUAAAUAGGGUGUUUGGGUCUAUAAGGGUCCGCCUGGAAAUGGCCGGUGCCACAUUUCCCUUGGAAAGUAGCUACAGCAGGAUAAACCAAACCUUCAAGGCAACGCUCAGCAAAGCUACGAGGUACUUCAAAGGGUUGACGUCUAUUACCAAGUAUCUGAUGGCUGAGUACAAAAAAACUACCCCAGCGAUUUCAGCGGAGAGGCCGGCCAUGGUCAUGCCCAUAAAAGUGAAGAGGGUGAACCAGGAAAUUGACCGAUGCGUUCAUGACGACAGUUAUGGCACUUUCACAAGCCUGCGCGCAUGCUUAGACACUUGGGAACUGUAUGUGAUUGCGGACACUUUCGAAAUCGAAGCGAUGAUCGACCACUUGUGGCUGAGCAGGUUCGACAUGAAAAAGGACCACAUCGAGGCAGUUGUGCACAAAGCGUUAUCCAAGAUAGAGAAGGUUCUGGAAGCGCCGCAGUGCCUUGAUCGGCUCCAGCAUUUCGAAGCUGAACGUGAGCUGAUCAAUGGACUCAAGCAAAUUGGUGUUGCCUACGUGUGA